AUGAAGCUGCUGACUGUGUCUGCACUUCUUUGUUUAAUGCUGGCUCUGACCACUGCUGUUGGAGAGCAUCUUGUCAUUAAGAGAUUUCAGCACUGGUAUUUGGGUUGGAGUAGGUACGGAAACCGAUACUUCCGCUACUUUCCCUUUCACUAUACUUGGGCCGAAGCUCAGAGAUACUGUCAGUCCAUGCAUGCAAACCUGGCAUCUGUACGCAGCCUUGGGGAGUACCGCAAGAUUCAGAGCGUCAUAAAUCGUUCCACUCACAGUUACCCAGUUACAUGGAUUGGAGGCUCUGAUGCUCAACAGGAGCGUUAUUGGUUUUGGAUUGAUGGAACUCCUUUUACAUACGCAUACUGGUGUCGUGGAGAGCCUAACAACAUUGGGCGCAGAGAGCACUGCCUACACAUGAACUGGACAGGGUACUCCAGCUUCCUCCCAUAG